AUGUCAGCAGCAUAUCGACGAACGGAUCCGCCGCGAAUGUUUGUCACCGCCAAAGUUCUCAAGUGGCGUUUAGCACUGGACCCCAAACAAAUCGUGAAUCCGGAUACAAAUCUUCGUCUCUACUGGCAUUAUCGGGACGCUGAAUGGAUUGACUCUCCAAUCGCUCGCAACACCAGACCCAAGAGCAAUCGCGAUAUUACCCAUCAUCUCCACCGUUCGCAGGCUGUCAUCGCCGUCGUACCUGCGUCAACGGAAUGCACGGACAUUGACUUCACUGUUGCAUCUGCAUACCGCGGAGGUUGA